GGUGGGGUUGUCUGGGGAGCUGUGGAGGGAGGUGGAUUGAAGUCAGGACCAUCUACAAGAAUGAAUACACGAAAAGAGGGAAAAAACGGGGCCUGGGUGAAGGGGUCUGUUCCCCACCCCCGCCCAGUUAUAGGGGUACUCCCAGUUCCUGCCAGCCCCAGGAUCGGGGGCCUUUGGGGGUCCCUAGGUGCGGCUGUCCUGUGCCCCUUCCUCUCCGAGCUGAGUAUAAAGCCCUAGGCUUCCCUCUACCUGCUCCUCUGGCCAUGUUGCUUUCCAGACCCAGCCUCCCGGCCUCAGGCAGCGGGCGGUCUCCGCACCGCCGAUGGAGCUGGGCUGCCGGGAGCCUUGGACAGUGGGAUGCGCCGGCCGAGACGCCCCGGAGUGUGGCUCCGGCUCCAGGCACCAGCCUCCACUUCUACGUGCUCUGGUCGCUGCAGGAGCCGCCCCGGCAGCUCAGCAGCAAAUCCAGCCGGAUGUGUUAUCAGAUUCAGCUGCCUCUGCCGUUGCCAAAACAACUUGUAAUCUUUGGCUUGGGUGACUGGAAUCGUUAUUCCCAAAACACAAGCAUCACUGUGGAGGUGCUGGUGAAUCCAGAUGUCAAGCCACAAAGGAUUGGCAAAUUGGGGUCUGAUGUGAGGUCCCUUGUGUGGGAAGGUGACUGGAGGGUGGAUGUUCUGAUGGCUUCAUUGAAACAAAUGGACUGUGGCAACCCUGUUAAACUUCUCCUGACUGUCAAUGGGGAGCUGCUCAAGGGCAUCUACAACAGCACCCCCACUCGUCCGUUUCUGGCACCGGAGCCUACCCAGUCACCAGUCCUCCCAGAAGAUCCCAUGUCCCCCAUUCAGGUCUCGGACGAUACCACUGAGGUUAAAGGUCAGAGUUUGGAGGUGACUGCCAGAGCACAAAGGACCAGAAGUAAGGAUUUAUCUCCACUGCCAAAAAAGCUGUUGAUGCCCCUUGCCCCAGAGUCACCCACUGGCCAGAAGGCACCCAAGGAGGCCAGGAGGAAAAUCCACAAGCCUAGUCCUCUCCAGCUAAAGAAGCCUAGGAAAGUCUUGUUUGAGCCCAGGGCAUGUGGAGGGGAGCAGGAUGCUGAAGACUUGGAGGUGAAGGAGUUGCAAGUCUGUCCGAGCCCACGAUGGAGUCACGCCAUGUGCCUCAGUGACCCAGAAACAGCCAUUUUGAUUGGUGGAGAGGGAGCCAAUCAACAGCCUUGCAAGGAUGCUCUCUGGAAACUAGAGAUUGACAAUGAUUUCUGGUUCCCCGUGGAUCUGCCACCACUGGGUUCUGUGCCACCCUGCUCACGUGGUCACACCGCCACCUACGACCUGGACACCAAACGCAUCUAUGUCUUUGGGGGCAUGAAGGAGGGCAAGCCCUACAGCACCAUCUACAUCCUGGACACAACCUCCUGGAAGUGGCUUCAUGUGGCUGCCAAGGGGAAGGUGCCAACACUGGCCUACCACAGCGCCACCAUCUACCACAAGGAGCUUUUUAUCUUUGGAGGGACUUUCCCCAAGAUGGCAUCCCUGGAGUCCAGAGCCUGCAGCAACACACUCUACGUCUUCAACCCUGAGUACAAGAUUUGGUACCAGCCCAUUGUGGAGGGAGAGAAGCCCUUACCUCGGCUCGGCCAUUCAGCCACUCUGCUGAGGAACAAGCUGGUGAUCUUUGGGGGUCAGAGGACCCCUUUGUACCUGAAUGAUGUGCACAUCUUGGAUCUGGGUUACAUGGAGUAUGUGCCGGUCCCAUUUCUUUCAGGACAGCCUUCUUCACGCUGCUUCCAUGCUGCAAUGCCAGUGUCUGACCAGAAGGUCCUGAUCAGUGGAGGCUGCAAUGCCAAGGGAGCCCUGCAGGACGUAUUCACUUUUCACCUUGACACCUUUGCAUGGAGCACAGUGACACACAGUCACCUCUCCUUAGUGCCCCGGGCUGGCCACACGCUGCUCAACCUCACCUCUGCCCACCUGACAGAUGUGGACAAGGAGAGCCAGAGCAAGCGCAACGUGUGCACGGUGCUGGUUUUUGGUGGCUCAGACUGUGCUGGGACCUUCUACAAUAGCACAAGCAAGAUCCAGCUGGACCUAGAGGAGACCAAGCCCAGGACAGCAGGGGUUCUGGGUCAUGGUAAAUAGAGACACAUGGAUAGAGAGUGGGUGGCAAUAAAUGAAUCAAAGCAAAGAGGCGAACCAAGUCUCUGCAUGUAGGUGAAAUCUGCCCCACAUUUGGAAUGUCUCCCUGAAACCUGCGGUGACUUCUUGCCUAUGUUGGGGCCCAUGGACAUGCAGCCUGAGGACUGGGCACAAAUCUCCAGUCUCACACUUGCAUGUGCCUCUGCUUUGACACCUAAUUACCCUGGGAAGCCUGAACUAAAUCUGCAGUGUCCUGUUAGAGGAAUUGUCCCCAUGGCUUUGGGCAGAACUAGUCUCUUGCUUUCCUCUUUUGCUGUAUUUCACUUCUCUUCCCUGCCCCAAAUCCCAGCUUCUGUUGGGCAGAAGUGAAGGUGACCUCAUAUAUUCACUCUUAACUGGGUAAGGAGAGGGGGUUGCUGCAGGCUCUGAAGAGAGGGCUGUAAGGUGAGGAUGUGAGUCGCCCACCAAAGCUGGCUGGAUCUCAGCUGCAACUUGGCAGUUCCUUUCCAGGAAUGGGGUUCUUCUGGCUUGGAAUGAAUGAGAAUUCACCACCCAGAAAUCUCCCCUUGGGAAGGAAGGGGGACAGUAUUGCUAAAAAGUGAGUGACUGGCUUUCUACAAGUGGCUGAAAAGUGAUGCUGUGUGAUGUCUGGGUGUAAGUAGCAUGCCAUCUGGGGAUGGGGAAGAGAACGUUGUCAUCUUUGGCUAAGGGGGUAGCUGGCUGCUAUGCCAGCAGUGAGGAGACUAGUUCUCCCAGGUUGCUGCGGGGUGAAGGGAAGACAUAUAGAUCACCCAGCAGCCUGGGACAACUAAUCUCCUUCAUGCUGUCACUGCCGGCGUGGCAGGCAUGGUGUAGCGUAGCUGUUGGUGGUUCCCUACAAGAGCAGAGACACCCGGGGUUGGGGUCUAACUCUCAUUAUGUUUACAGGAGGAGAGGGUGGGCCUGAUCUUCCUUGCACUUACAACCAUGUGAAUUGGUAUUUACUGAAGGCAAUGGGGGUUACUGUAACUGUGGUGCGGGUGCUAGGACAAUCAGGCCUAGUGUGUUAACGGCCUACUUUUACUCUGUGCGCUGAGUGGUUCUUUGAUAUUUUUCCAUGGCUGGUGAAAGUGAGGCCCCCUCAAGCUGGCCUUGU